AUGCUUCAAAUUGUAGACCUAGCUGCAAACAAUUUCACUGAUAAGCUUCCAAUAAAAUACAUUUCUGAUUGGAAGGCAAUAACGGACGAAAGAAAUGAGGCCCAAUAUCCGUUCAGUCCCCUUCGAUUUGAGGAUAAUUCCUCAACUUGGGCCUUUAAAAGUGAUGGAGAUCCUAAGAAUGUUUUUGAGCAAAACCCUAAGAAUGUUUUUGAGCAAAACCCGCAACCUCAUCGUCCUCAUACUUAUCAAGAAGUGGUGAAUAUUUAUUAUCAAAAUGCAGUGACAAUUACCAUCAAAGGCGUCCAAGUAGAGCUGGUGAAGAUCCUAACUAUAUUCACCUCCCUUGACUUCUCAUGCAACAAUUUUGACGGGCCUAUACCUAGAGAAUUAGGAGAACUCAAAUCACUACGUGGUCUCAACUUGUCUCAUAAUGCUUUCACUGGCCAAAUCUCACAAUCUCUAGAAAAAUUGACUUAUCUUGAAUCAUUGGACUUGUCAAGCAACAAGUUUACCGGUGAGAUUUCAGUCCAACUUGCAGAAGGUCUUAUUUUCCUAUCAGUCCUUAACCUUUCAUUCAAUCAAUUGGAGGGAAAGAUUCCAUUGAUCAACCAAUUUACAACAUUCUCGGAAAGUUCUUACAAAGGAAACAUAGGAUUAUGUGGCUUUCCUUUAAAAGAAAAAUGCACACAUGAAGAGCUGGGAUCGUCACCUCCAAUAUCUAAAGAAGCACAUUUGGACUUUGAGAAUAUAAUUGACUGGAACUUCUUAAGUGCUGAAUUGAGAUUUAUUUUUGGCUUUGGGAUUGUUAUUGGACCUUUUAUAUUUUGGAAGAGGUGGAGAAUAUGCUACUUCAAACUUGCUGAUGACAUUUUUUUCAAGAUGUUUCCUCAGCUUUAUAUUAGAAUAGAAAAUCGUGGAUGA